AUGGUUACUGGUGGUUGCUGCUUGAGGGCAGGGGAGCCGGUGAUGGGCGUUGCGAGCGGGUACGUCAGGGCGGCCGGUGGGAAGUUGCGGGUGCCGCUGCUGCGGUUCCCGGGGGCCGUGGGCCACGCGACCAGCAGGGUCAACCGGUUGCAGAACGACGAUGCGUACGCGAUACAGAUGCUACGAGGCGGGGGUGGGGGUGCUAGGAGCGGUGCCGUGCUGUACAUGUCGCUGUUUGAUGGGCAUGGUCCCCGCGGGAAGGAGAUGGCGCAGUCGCUGGCGGCUGGGCUGCACGUGGAGCUCGUGGAGCAGAGGGACCGCGGACUCGUGCGUGCUGAUCUUUACUCCCUGUUGGAAAGGUACUACAAAGUUAUUGGUGGUGCGUACUGGCAGAAAUUAUACCGGAACAGGCAGCAAUUCUACGACAGGUUCGUCAAGAACUGCCACACGAAGCAGGAGCAGGUGCUGUACGAUUCGGAGAAUCUUGGAACACGAAUGCUCUUUGAUAAAUGGGGGAACCUCAUCGACAAGAACUCUUUGCUCAAUGAGGCUCAGAGGCUCGCUCUGUACUACACUUUCCUCAAGUUUGAUCUCGAGAAAUGCUGUGGGUUCGGAUCUGGGGAGGUGCACGAUAAGGGGGAACCUUCCGGUGGGUCCACCGCGUCCUCCGUGUUUGUAUCCCCCUGGGACGAGUACAACAGUGGUUCUUGUAAUGACGACGCUUUCUUCGUGGAACCCCGCGGGCUGCUCAAGCUCGUCGUCACGCAGGUGGGGGACUCUCGCGUGCUUAUAUGCGAUUCCUCGGGGCUCGCACAUAACUUGUCAACACCACACCACGUCACAUCAGCAAGGGAGUCUCAGAGGCUAGAUACUAAAGUGCGCGAGGCAGAUUUGGACGCCUUUGGCGACGCCCGGUUCCUUAACAACUACGCAAAUACGAGGUCUUUCGGAGACCUUCCAGCAAAGAUCCACGGGCUUAGUGCAGAGCCAGACAUAUUUUCCUACCUCGUUGGUAACACUCGGGACCUCCCCUACAGCGAGCGGUCCAAAUUGCAGUUCGGUGGAGACGAAUGUUUUGUCGCGCUUGUCACGGACGGAGUCUCCGACUUGCUCGUAGAUCAAGAGAUCGUAGAUCUCAUCACGACAACGGUCAAUGGCCGCGGGCUCAGGACCGCCACGCCGCAACUCGUCGCAGAAGAGGUCAUCAAGUUCAUCGUAUCCAUCGCCCCGAAACACGCAGAUAACGCCACGUGUCUCGUCCUGAGACUCUCUAACUGGGGGAACUGGCCCACUCUGGACAGGACGGGCGCUGCUAGAGAGGCGUUGCUCAUCAAUGGCUGA